CUCAGACAAAACAAGAGAGGCGUGAGUUGUCUAAAAGAUAAAAAGAGAGAAAAAAAGAGUGCUUUGAGAGGAAAAGAGUGGUUCUUGACUAGUGAUUGUUCUUGAUUUCAGUCUUGCUUCCCCCUUCUGCUAAUCCCCGCUUCUCUGAAUCCCUUUCUGUUAAUCAUCUGUCUUUCAAAUUUGUAAUUGUUUUGGGUUUGUUUUUGAGAAAUUUUUUUUCCAAAAGAAAUGAGUAGAAAGCAAACUUAAAGAAAAAAGAUUUAUAGAAAGCCAGGUGUUUUCAGAAUCGAGAUCCAGGUCUUUUAAUUGUAUCUUGUAAUUUUUUUAAAAGGAUUUUAGUUCUCUUAGCUGAAUCAGCUUGAAGGGUUAAUUUUUGGUGCCCCUCAAGAUUGGUUUUUGUGUUUUUAGGUUCUUGAAUCAAUAGAGGUUGUCUAUUUCUAUACCUCUUUGAUCUCUUCUUUUUAAAGAUUUGAUUUCUAUUUUUUAGAACCUGUUCUUUUUAAUUUGGGUAAGAACCAGGUUUGAUUUUCUUGGUAAUUUUGUUAGUUUAAGUUGAGAAAGAAAUUAGCUUUUGAGAAGAAAUGGCAGCUACAAUGGAUUUCUACAGUAGCAGUAGCAGACAUAACCUUCAAAAUGACCUCUUUGGAGGUGGUGAGCUAAUGGAAGCACUUGAACCUUUUAUGAGAAGUGCUUCUUCUUCAAGUACUCCUUCUCCUUCUCCUUCUUCUCUUUCACCUUCUUCUUUACCUCCUCUUCCUUCUACUUCUUACUAUAACAAUAACAACGACAGUUACCUUUCUUUCUCUUCUCUUUCUCCCUUUUCUUCUAUUCAAGACCAAGAUCAGACCUUUUUGUACUCGAAUGGUUGCUCAACAUCAAAUACCCUACCAUUUUCAAAUGGGUUUUUGAUUCAAGACCAAACUAUUAGUACUAGUCUUCCGCAACCAUUGAAUGGUUCAAUUGGUCUGAACCACCUUACCCCAACUCAGAUCCAUCAGAUCCAAACCCAAUUCCAUCUCCAAAAUCAUACCUAUCCUUUGCACCAUAACCAAAAUAGCCUAAACUUUUUAAGUCCGAAACCAAUCCCAAUGAAGCAGGUGGGUUCACCACCAAAACCCACAAAACUCUAUAGAGGAGUGAGGCAGCGACAUUGGGGAAAAUGGGUAGCAGAGAUCAGACUGCCAAAGAACCGUACAAGACUCUGGCUUGGGACUUUCGACACUGCAGAAGAAGCUGCUUUGGCUUAUGACAAGGCGGCUUAUAAGCUUCGUGGUGACUUUGCAAGGCUUAACUUCCCUAAUCUCCGUCAUCAGGGUUCCCAUAUUGAAGGAAAAUUUGGCGAGUAUAAACCUCUCCAUUCAGCUGUUGAUGCGAAACUGCAAGCUAUAUGUGAAAGCUUAGCACAAUCUUCUUCGCAGAAACAAAGUGGAAAAGGUGAAAAGAACUCGACAAAAAAGAGUAAGAAAACGCCUGAGGUAGUUAAGGAAGAAGCUAAGCCAACGCAAGAGCAGCAUGAGGUUGCUGUUGGUGUUGAAGACAAGUGUUGCAAGGUUGAGACACAGUCUCCUUUGUUGACAGAGAGCGAAGGGUCAGGCGGAUCUUGUUCGCCUUUGUCUGAUCUUACUUUCCCGGAUUUUGAAGAGGCUCCUUUGGAUGUUGAUUCUAGCAACUUUAUGUUGCUUAAGUACCCAUCUUAUGAGAUUGAUUGGGCUUCACUUUUAUCAUCUUCUUAAGAUCUUUUAGGUUUUAUCGUGUAUUUUUUUUCCUGUCUGUAGGAUAGUUGGUUGCUGCAAUGGAGUUUUUGGCAGUUGCAGGACCAAAGGUCUUUUAAGUACUAUGGUUAGGGUAAAUAAUGUUGAUAUCAUUAUGUAAAUCUAUACCAUGGGUUGGCUAGUUUUUUUUUUCUUGCUCAACCAUGGAGAAAUUGUACUUCUGCUACUAUUACCAGUUGCUUUUGUGUCUAGAGUUGUCAUGUAUUUGUACUAUUUUAUUGUUAGCAAGAACUUGUUAUAUUUUGUAUGUAAUUUGAGCUCUACUUCGUCUAA